AUGCCGGGCAUAAAUUAUCCUUCCAGCGCGUGGGGUUUCGCCAGGGGUUGGGCAACAAAUCUGAUCUUCUGCCGCCGCUGGACUGGCGGCUCGCGAGAGCAGCAUGGAGGAAGAAGCAACGUUCUCGCUAGCGAACCUGGCAGGCCGGGGUGUGUCGAGCCAAUGGGUGCCAGCACCACCUACCUGACUGGAGCUACGGUGUUCAGCUGCAUCUCGUCAAGCGUGGUAGCGUGGUCUCUUCUGGCUCAGCUGACAUCAAAGGGUGGCGCGCCUUGGGGUAAGUUAAGCCCUGCCGCGGAGUUACAGCAGUCCAUCCUGUCCCGGCCCGCGCACUCGACCGAGGACUGUUUUUGGACCCCUUUCCCUGCGCAGCAACCUCCAGUCCCAAGCUCCCCGGGUGUCCUUGUGCGCAGCGCCAACGGACCUAGGAGACGACCUCAUUACCACAAGGCAAAGGGCAGAGCUGUUCUACUGAGAGGCGUUUGCCGCCCCUACGGCAAUCGUCUCCCUACCUUUAUUGUCAUGUCUGACAAAAUGUCCAUCGACAAGAAAGACCCUACCAAGGACGAUUCCGACGACUCGAGUCACUCAAGUCCCGAGAAUGAUUCCACACAGGCUGCCCCUCAGGAGAGCCAGCCUGCUAAACGUAAGGGAGGUCGCAAACCAGUAGGUCUCCCCGGGACUCAGAGGCGGCACGUGACCACUCGAGGACUUCCAUGUUCUGACAACCGAUUCCAGAUCUACGCCACUUCAGAGGAACGCAAGCAGAGAAACCGUCAAGCUCAGGCAGCAUUCCGAGAGAGGCGCACUGAAUACAUCAAGCAGCUAGAGGAGACCAUAAGAGUCCAUGAGUCCAACUUGAACAACCUUCAAGCCGCCCACAGGAGUGCUGCUGAUGAGUGCUUGAUGUUGCGCUACAAGAACUCUCUUCUUGAGCGCAUCUUGCUCGAGAAAGGAAUUGAUGUGCAGGCCGAACUUCACGCAAAGACGGGCAGCCCUAAUCUUGGCCCGUCACACAUGCCUCAGAACAUGGUGCAGCCUCCUCCCAUACAACGAGCCAUGUUCAACCGCCACCACGGAGCUCGCAGAUCCGGCUCGAGCAUUGCGCCCAAGGUGGACUCCGCAGUGAAUGGCAUCGCCGCGAACCAGAGCAUGGCCCAUUCAAUGGCCUCGCCCAAGAGCAGGCCUACACCCCCGUCACAUGUUGCGUCGCCUACAACCAGCACACCUGGGUUCAGCGGGUCAGCAGCGUCACCAAACACGAGUGCGCACCACGGACUUCGUGGCACACUUCCACCGCCACCUCCACCACCAUCGCGGGUACCGCAGAUGGCGCCGAUGCCGGGCAUGUCUGCCGCUGGUCGGCAACAGCUUCUUGCACAGCAACAGAAACAACAGCAGCAGCAGCAGCAACCACUUCAUCCUCCGCCACAGCAAUCUCAACAACAACCACAUCCUCCUCAGCAGGCUAUGCCUCCAAGUCACCAGCAACAGCAAGCACCUCCACUCGGUCAAGCUUCGCAUGCGCCAGUGUCGCGAGCACCUGGCAUCUAUCCGUCGCAGUCCUUCCAAUCACACAUAGAGCAGCUCGGUAAGACAGAGGGCUUCGCUGUGUCCAUCCAAGUGCCUCAAACCUACUUUGCUAACUCCGUUGACACAGAGCAAGAAUAUGAUGCACCAAACGAUAUGAUCGAUGACGUCGAGCCCGAAACACCGGGGCCUUCGCCAUACUCGAACGGGUAUCCCAAUCCACAGGCACCCGCAAUCCCCAUGCAGACAGGCCAUGGCAUGACACCAGCCACGGCCCAGGCUCAAGCCCAAGCCCACAUGGCACAGGCGGAGCAAGGAGCUCAGUCGCAAGGACAAGGCUAUCCAAGCAUGACCCAGCUCCUUGAUCCAGCCUUGGAUUGGGAUCCAUUCGGCCUGAGUGCCUCCAUGGCCUUUCCAAGCCAGUUUUCCUUUGACACCAGCAACAUGAGAUGA